AAAAAGCCCAAAUAGCUGUAGCAGAAAAAGAUCAUUUACUUGUUCUUGAAUCAAUUAAUACUGAAGUAUAUAGUAAAAGCAAAGAACCCAGUGAAGUUGAUAAUGGAAAUUUAAUAGAACAACCAAAUGAAAAAAAAGAUGGUCAAAAACUUAGACGUUGUUUGCUUAGUGAAGAUGAAUAG